CACAACAAGUCGGUCGAGAGAGAGGCAGAGAUGAUGGCGUCUCUCGCGGGUUGAUUUCCGAGCAGCUCUGGCAAACACGGUUUAUAACAUCAAUAGGAAGAGAAAAGAGAGAAGAAAGACGGGAACAUGACGAAACGACGUCGCGACACACAGACACAGAGAGACGGACGGACGGACGCCUUUACCCUGACGGGUUGACUGACAUACCCGUUUCGCGCACGCACACAUACACACACAAACACACACACAUACUCACUCACUCUCACACACACGCACACACACACACGUACACAUAGAAACAGAGAUUAAUUGAGAAGAGGAAAGAUAUUGAAGAUACAGAAUUUCAUGUCAAGCUUGCAUAGUUAUUUCUGUGACCCCGACGGAGAGGAGUUCGACUUGACAGGAUGGGGGGAGUGAGUGAGGGAGAUGAUGUUCUGGCUCGGUGGAGUGAUGGACUACUAUACCUGGGCAACAUCAAAAGAGUAGAUGGAGUCAAACAGUGUUGCUUGGUGAGAUUUGAGGACAACUCUGAGUUCUGGGUCCUGAGAAAAGACAUCCACUCUUUUUCUGCUGGAAUAGAGGAAGUUUGCUGUGUCUGUGAUGCUCCGCCUCUUAAAGAACCUCUCAUCAACUGUCUCAAGUGUCGCCAUGGCUAUCAUCCUGAGUGUCACACUCCACCCAUAGAACCUGAGGCUGACAGCAAUACCUGGAUAUGCCGACAAUGUGUCUUUGCAGUUGCAACCAAGAGAGGGGGAGCCUUAAAACGAGGCCGUUUUGCCCGCCUAAUGCAGAUAAUGAAACUAGGCCUGCCCUAUCAGCUUUCAUCCUUGGACUGGGACCCUCAGCAUCUGACCAACCAGCAACAGUGUUAUUGCUACUGUGCUGGCCCUGGGGAGUGGAACUUGAAGAUGUUGCAAUGCAGUAGUUGUGGUCAGUGGUUUCAUGAAGCAUGCACACAGUGUCUGGCCAAACCACUUCUCUAUGGAGACAGGUUUUAUCAGUUCCGGUGUUCAGUGUGUAUGAAUGGACCAGAGACAAUUCAAAGACUUCCUAUGAGCUGGGUAGAUUUGGCCCAUUUGGUGCUGUAUCAUCUUUCGCUUUGCUGCAAGAGGAAAUAUUUUGAUUUUGACCAUGAAAUCCUGUCUUUCGCCAAUGAGAACUGGGAUUCUUUGCUACUGGGCUCGCUGUCAGACACACCAAGACAAGAUCGCUGCCAGAAUCUCCUCAAUGCUUUGAACUCUCAUAAAGACAGGUUCGUCUCCGGGAAAGAGAUCAAGAAGAAGAAGUGCUUGUUUGGGCUACAAGUUCGUGCUCCUCCGCCUUUGACCUCUGAUCUGUCACCUCUCAUCACAGACCAUCCCAUCAACAUCACGCACAGGAGGAGCCCCCUGUCAUUGACAUGUCAAAGAAGAACAGUGGAGCCCGAGUCACGAAAAUCAAAACGUCGCAUCAUAGAGACACAGCCCCAUCCACAAGGUGAUGCUGCCAAUUCAAUCGAUAUGGUACCAUGUUACCAUGGUUAUGUAGGUGGGACCAGCUUCUACAACUCCAGAAAAUCAGAGGAUGAAUUGAAUUCAGGGUCUCCCCCUAAGAGGAUGUUUGCCCUCUAUCACCCCUCUUACGAUGGGACACAGACCCUGUCCCGAGCUCUGCACCAUUACAGUGUGGAGGACCCCUGUAAUCUUCCACCACCCUGCGUACCCUUUCCACGGCCACCCUUCCACCAGUCAGCACAGAAACCAGACCAGUGCCCUGCGCUCCUUUUGCGUGAUGUCACAUCCUGUCCCGGUGUGGUUGGGGGGGAGGGGUCAGUACAGGACAGAGGGUGGGGAGGCGGAGAGACGGUGAGGAUUUUGGCGAGACGAGUAACACCAGACGGGAAGGUGCAGUAUCUAGUGGAGUGGGGAAAUGUGAGUGUCUACUGAGCACUGACAGAAAGACAGAGAGAGAGAAACAGAGAGAGAGAGAGAGAGAGAGAGAGAAGGAUACAAAAGAAAGCGGAAAAGACUGUUAGAUAUGACUGGGGCUAGAGAAAACGUACCUCCAACAGUAAGGCUGCAAUAGAGGAAACACCUGGUGUCGCGUGGUUGAAAACUCCAAGCCAGGAGGAAGCGCCACAUUUAGGAGAGCCAAGUCAUUCUCAAGUAUUGGCUUUUUAAUUCUCAACUGUAUGCUUUCUCCCUCUUUCCGAUCAUCUUUUUAAUCCAUGGUAUCUGUGAUAGUUUAGAGUGAUCCUGUCUUAUAUUAUGCCUACAUGUCAGUCACCUUUUAAAUCUGGUCUAAAAACAUUUCCAUGGAGACAUCAGUUUUUGGUGGCUGUUUGCAUUUAUGGUGUGUCUUUUUUGUUAAAGCUUUUCUUUAAUUUGGUAAUGAUAUAAAUUGCAUAAUACCAUUUUUUUAUACUUUAAUUUUCUUAUUCCUUUCAGUAUGAAUAUUAUAUACAUUUAUUUGUUGUUUCCCUGCAGUUUCACUUUUAUUUAGAAAGCUGGCACUUCAGUGUUUGCCAGCAUCCAUAUUCUGCUUGAGCAUUAGCAAUAUUUCGACAUGAUGAGGUCAAAGAUGAGGUGACACAUUGCACUAUAAUCACAGGUAUUGCUACAUAUGAUAUUAAAUCACCUUUUGUGGUGUUAAAACAAGAAGACAUAAUAAACAUAAUAACCAGGGUGAUGGACAGAAGAACAAACUAUUUGUCUGUGUUCGUUGAGUGGGACACCUCUGUUCUUGCAUUCCAGGGCAAAAUGAUGUGAACUGAAAGCAAAGGAAAGAACUGCAGUGCUGCAGAAAUCCCCAUCCCCAGUUUUUAGAUGUUCCAUCAAAGAUCAAACUCAUUGAUAGUCAGCCAGAUCCUUUUAGCUUAUAUAAGGGUGAAUAAUUUAGAGAUAACAAUUGGCUGCUUUCAGAAGGCUUGUGCACUGUCUCUUUCAUUGUGUUCUUAUAUAAUAAAGAUUUACAAAGAUCAGCAGACUCCAUUGAAAUGGUUACACAUUCAAAUGUGCAUUUUAAGCCACGAAGUCCUUUUGAGUCGAUGACCUGUGUUUCAUUAAAAAAGACAAAUAAUGUUAUCAUGUAAAAUUUCAUUGGAUAAUUCCCAAGGAAAUGAGACAGUGGCUGAAUUUUUCAAAUGCAUUUCACGUUUAAUUGUUGGAUUAUAUCCAUAUAUCAGAGAACAGUUCAAUGAUAAUGGGAUGUAUAGAAUACAAACAAAAGGAAGAGUUAUUUUUGCUUCUACGUGGACCAUAGGAAUGUGUCAUCUCUAGGACCCAGUGGAUCGAAUGUGUGGUUUGUAGAAGUGUUUUAAGUCUUUCUCUAAGCAGUGAUGCAUGAAUGCAAGGACCAGGCACCACCCUGUCACAUAUAAGGUAGAUUUAGAUUAUUUUUAAAGAAACUGGCUGUAGUUCACUACAUAGGUGGGAAUUAAACCAUCUGCUAGUGGAUGGGAUUGAAUGUAUCAGUGCUGUAUUUUCAUGGGAUUUCUGUUCCCCUGUCAGGUUGUUGUUAGAUCAUGGGUGGAACUCUAAAAAUCUCCUUAAGGCCAGGGCUACAUCUGAGCCCAGGAACUGUGGUAAGAACCUGUAGCCACUGGUUUGUAGUCAAGUCCAAGUUUGGUUUGAUGUAUUGUUUUUGAGUUUUUUAAAAUUAAGUUUAUACUUGUACCCAGGGUUGCCGCACCAAAUACACGAAUUAAUAAAUUAAUAAUUAAGUUAUCCGUCACAUCUCAAUAAAGUGUUGUCUGUGUUUCCCUCUGGUAUUCCAACUCUUCACAAUUUCCAACCAAGUGUCUCAGACAUGGCAGCAGGGUUCAACUGCAGUAGAUCUGGCGGCACCAACUGCUAUCCAAGCUGCUACAGUAUGGUGUGAAAUUUUGUAACUUUUCUGGGUUGAAGGUGUACGGAUCGCCCUUGACCACCCACAGAAAAAUGAGCUACAUGUAGAUGUGUGAUCCAGCCAGAGACGCUGUUAGACUUCAUUAUCACAUUUAUCAGAGCAUUUCAUACCUACCGCUGGAGCAAUUCGGGUGAAGUUUACUGGUGUGUAAAACUGCAUUAGGCAUCAGCAGAGGGGU